GGAUUUUUACAAUAGUUUUGUCUUAAAGCCUAACUCUCUGUACAAAGACCAUCACUCUCUAUGAACGGAUCAUCUGUACUACAAAAGGGACAAGAGUGAAAUGUGAUGGUCACAUACACAGAUAUGAAGAAACACACAGACUUCGGUGGCUCAUUCUGGAGUUUUGGAAAAGAGCAGGACUUCAAGCCUCACAUUAGACACAUUGAGCCUGUUCUCACUGAAUGUGACCUUGACUGGAAAUCCCAUUUGCGCUGGAUACCUGAACCACGAUACAGUGAUGCCCCAUUUCCACACAUCAAAGACAUAAAGUUUCUCAAUGAAAGGAAACUGAUGAGAUCCUUCCCACAGGCUAAUAGAGUUACUUUAUCGGAGUGGAGCUUUUAUCCAAACAUUGGACAGCCCAAGACCUAUCACACUGGAAAGAGAUGUUUUAUGGAUGGCAUUAUUCAUAAAAGAAGCACGGGAUGCAUUUCAGAAAAUUCCCUGGAAUCAUUCAUAGGGAGGAAAAAGCAGGCCACAGACAAAUGCAGCAUCUACCCUUCAACAAAGGUCAGACCAUUUCUAGUCCCUGAGUACAGCUCUGACUUUCAUAAAUAUGAAUCAUCACUGCGCACAGCCACUUUUGGGUCCAAGCCUUUUGCCACAUUUAAACCAUUUACUGACCUAAAACCCAGCACAAAACACAUCAGUCCACCGUAUGCAGAGAAACAUGAAAGUCUUGCUCGAGAGGAGGACAUUCUUGAAGUCAAGAGGUUGAGCAGCUGGAGACCAGCACCAGACAUCUAUGACAGGACAGUUUUGCUGGACACCUAAUUUGGAAGGUGUCAAACCAUGCUUACAUAUUUAUUGUUGUUAUUCUUUGCUAUUUUAUUAGACAUAUUUUUGUCUUUUCUUUCCUUCAACACUAUACCUCAUGGUUUUCCAUUGAUUAUAUCUUACAAUAUUUAGAUCUUUAUGGUCUAGCCCAAGAACUUCAUAUUGGAAAGGGUUGAAUCAGGUUAAAUUUGUUUUGGGCUUUAGACAGAGAGAACAAUUACUUCUUUUCUUUUUUUUUUGCCUUAUUAGUUGGAGAUUUUCCUUAAUUCCCUGACAAAGACAAAUGCAUGUCUUUUCACUGUGCCAAAAUGUAAUUGCUGGACAGAAUAGGAAACAGUUAAAAUGAUUGUGUGGGCAAGAUGUUUAUAAUUGUUAAUAAAAGAGGAACAGAAUCUCUUUCACUCUUCUCGUUUCAUCACAAUCUGAAUUCACAGUAUUGUAUCAUUCAUACCCAGUAAAAUAUAAUUAGCAAGUUGUAUUAUAGUCAGUUCGUUCUUGCACUGAACCAUGCAAUCUAAUAGCAAAAUAACUGUUCACAAACUGUUAUUUCAUAAAAUGAGGAUCAAGCUUAACUUGCUUGAAAGCAUUUUAAAUAAUAUUUUAUAUUGGGCUUAUUUGCUUUUGCAAGAAUUUCUGUGGUGGACCAUCUGUUGUG